CGCGCCAGACGCGCCUCAACUUCACACCCAUCGAUUCCUCAUCACCUGCCGCGGCGCAUCUCUCGCCGCAAGUUCGUGGUCGCGCGGCUGCGGUGUCGUAUGACAGGUCGCCUAGCCCGGUGAAGCGGCGGAAGGUGGAGGUGAAGGGGGGAGAGGUUGAUGAUAUCACUGAUAGCUUCAGAGCUCUACCUACACCCGAUAAAUCGUCUCAAGCCAAAAUUCACGGUCACGGCAAUACGACAUCGGAGUUACUUCGCCGGCAACUGGAUUUUGGCAACAACGGAAGCAAGGCUUCACAGCGACAGAGCAGAGGGGGAAUGGGUUCCUCGCCUUCACGACCGAUGGCGCCUAAUAUGUUUGGAAGCCCUGACCGAAAAGUGGUGGAUGUGGCUACUAGUUCGAGCGGGUCAGAUAAAGAGGAGCUUCCGACGAAGGUGACACGUUCUGUUCGGAAGGUCUCGAAUGUUCACCCGCCGAAAGGAAGGGAGCCUCCACCGGCUGCUGGAAGAUCGCGGAGGAGUGAUAAGAAGCAGAAGGCGGAGAAAGUUAGGGAGGCGCAACCCGCUGCUAGGAGAUCGCAACGGAGUAAUAAGCACCAGAAACCGAUGGUUAUCUCCAGCGAUGAGGGCUCGGAUGGUGAAGGCUCAGACGGCGCAGAGGAAAAGAGUUCAGUGAAGGAUCAGCCCGUUGCAGAAACUGAAUCCGACAGCGAAGAGAUGCCAGACUCGUCUCCACUCAAGAAGCCACGGCAAGCGGCAGCUACUCGAGCUCGUAGGCGAUCCGACUCUUUCGAAGUGCCUGACGAUGUUGUAGAGCUGGAAGACGAUGAGCCGGUGGUCUCCCCUCGCAAGCGAAGCAGGAAGUCAAGAGCUUCGGACUCUGAGGAUGAAGAUAAGGACGACAUUGUUCCAAGUCUGCGAAGGCGACUCCGACGUCCGCGGCAGGAAGAAUCCCCAACCCCCACAGAAGAAGAAGAUGACGAAGAGGAAGACGAUUCCAUUGUCAUGACACAACGGAGAUACAAACCCAAAACUCCUGACCAGAGCUUCAGCAAACAGGAAAAGGACGAUUUGGACGACGAUCUAGAGUUCCUGGGAUCCGGUCGAAAGCUGUCAAACAAGGCGCGAGAAAAACGGGCCACGCCGAAGAUAAAUGCACGGCAAAUCGCCCUCGAAGAGUUGAAGCGAAAGCGGGCUGGCGAGAAGGUCGAAACCACAGUCACUCCCAAUCGUAAGAAGCCACCCGUCCGUACAAUUGAGGAUACCUCCUCCGAGGAAGAAGCAGACGAAGAGGACGACGGUGGCUUCGACGACCUCGAUGACGCCCAACCUGAAUAUCGAGCGGAUGUGCUAGAUAUGUUCCACGAGGAUGAUGAAGAUGACGGAUUCGUCGUCGACGAGGACGAUGACGGUGACGACACAUUAGGAGCGCCAGAUGCCCAACUUCCAUUAGAAUUCAGCAGCCUCAGUCGCGCCAAGGCAAAGGACCUAUUCAAAUACGCUAUCGAGUGGAUGGUGCAGAAGAAGAUCAACCCUGCUUUCGAAAUGACCGACGACGUCUAUCGUCUCACGUUCCAAAAGCUCGACGACGAAGUCAAGGGCCUGGCUGGAUCCAAGUUCGUGUCCUCAGUAUGGAGGCCCGAGUUCACGAGGUCCAUCAAAGCUAGACCGGAGAUGAACCUCUUGCAAAUGUCUGCGGAUGCGAUGGACGCGGAUUGCCAAGCUUGUAAUCGCCGCAAUCACCCAGCUACUUGGAGCAUCCAACUUACUGGCAAACCGUAUCAUAAGGAGUCGCUGGAAGAGCUAGCUCAAUCAGAUGAUGACUCUGACGACGAAGAUGACGACGAAGAAGAGGAGGGUGAUGGCAAGGAAUACGAUGCCGACGGGAAUGAGCUGCCGGACCGGGAGCGAUGGUUUAGCCUUGGAAGCACAUGCAAGCAGAACGCCGAAAUGGCACACAUCCUCCACCACUGGCGCUACCAUCUCAACGCAUGGGUUGUCAGCUAUCUCGAAAGCAGCGGCUACUGCACUCCGGAACAGCUCACCAAUCGCGAUAAAAUGAGCGUGAGGAAGCGGCGCAAGGCUGCGCUCAAGAUUGUCGAUAAGAUGGAGAAGAAGGGGGAGGUCAACCGGCUUUAUAGGGACUAUCGGAAUCAACUCGAUUGGGCUCAGAGUGCGAAGAAUGAUGGGUCAAGGUUUGUUAGGCGGUGAUUGGAGAAGUGGGAGGGGACGAUGGAUUGGAUGGCAUGGUUGGCAAUUGGAGUCUGAUAUGGAGACUAUGGUGUCAAGGAUACAAGAUUGAAUUGGAUAUCCAUUGAGUAGCUCGGCUUUAGCUAGUUCACUUCCAAUAAUUGCUAGGCUUGAUGAAAACUUUCUGUUGGGCGUCCCGAGAGCUUAGUUGCCACAGCGAGACAUGGAAAGGUGGCACUCUACUUUUACAACAAACUCUUUUGACUAUUACCUCGGAGUCCUAGGAGUCAAAGACUGUUAAACAC